UGUUACUCAUGCCCAGGGACUCCACAAUUUCCAGAGGAUGAUGAUGACACUCUUCUCCUGUUUCUGAUUCCCAAACGUUGCCUCCGUCUGUGAAGUAACUCUAUUUUGCCUUAAUUUUUGCUAAUAACCGUGUGUAAUUGUCUUGAAUCUGCAAUUACGAGGGGACGAGCCAAAAAAACAAGAAAAAACAAAGAGAUGUGGAUUUUUGGGUGGAAAGGGCCUUCUGGAUACUCCGCUCGCUCUACAGCUGAAGAAGUAACUCAGGGAAUCGAUGGAACUGGUUUCACUGCCAUUGUCACAGGUGCCUCUAGUGGUAUUGGCAUGGACACUGCAAGAGUUCUUGCUUUACGUGGAGUCCAUGUCGUUAUGGCCGUGAGGAACGUGGAUGCCGGUAGGAGUGUCAAAGAAGCUAUACUAAAGGAACUCCCAUCUGCUAGGAUUGAUGUGAUGGAGUUGGAUCUCAGCUCUAUGGCAUCUGUUAGGAAAUUUGCGUCAGAUUAUCAAGCAUCCGCUCUUCCCUUGAAUCUCCUUAUUAAUAAUGCAGGGGUAAUGGCAUGUGCCUUCACGAUUUCCCCAGACAACAUAGAACUACACUUUGCAACAAACCAUAUAGGUCAUUUUCUUCUGACAAAUCUUUUGUUAGAGACUAUGAAGAAAACGUCACAGGAAAGCAAUACAGAAGGAAGGAUAGUUAUUGUGUCCUCAGAGGUUCACCGCUUUGCAUACCGAGAAGGAAUUCGUUUUGACAAAAUAAAUAGCAAAUCAGAGUACAAUACUAUACAAGCCUAUGGACAGUCGAAGCUGGCUAAUAUAUUACAUGCGAACGAGCUUGCAAGGCACUUAAAGGAAGAAGGGGUGCAGAUAACUGCUAAUUCACUUCAUCCUGGAGCUAUAGCAACCAAUCUUCUUCGCCACCAUGGCAUUCUCAAUGGUAAGUCUGCAUUUAGAUCAACACUGGCAAGCUCUCUUGGAAAAUUGUUCCUAAAAAAUGUUCAACAGGGAGCAGCAACCACAUGCUAUGUGGCUCUGCACCCACAAGUGAAGGGGGUUAGCGGAGAAUACUUUAUGGACAGUAAUAAAGCCAAAGCAAGCUCUCUUGCGCAAGAUGCAGAACUGGCAAAGAAACUACGGGAUUUCAGCAUAAGCCUCAUCAACUCCAAAUUGUAAGGUUCCGCUUGGACACAUUGCAUAAUAAUCUUUAUGAGUCAAGAGAACCAGGUUGUUUCUUGCUUCUGAUGAACAAGAUAUGAAGAGCCAUAUACUGUUAGCUUCAUGGAGAUGAGCAUAGUUCAAUAUGUUGGAAGGUCAAUCGUCGUGCUCAAAUUUCUCUGAACAUAGCUCGUUGAGAUAGGAGAGUGGAAUGAUUGCAUUACUGUUUGUGGAUGCUGCAUGCUGCAGUAGUACCCAUUGCCUAUACUUCUUGACAAUUAUCCGUACAUAUUAAUACUUCUGUAGACGCCAAAUUUUUUCAACUGA